CUAUUGAUUGUCAGAGUCAGAGACAAGUGUGAAUCAUGGACGUAGUCUUCAACAAGGUACAAUCGCGGUCUGGUAAGCAGAGGCAUGGAGAGAAUGUUGUAUAUUUGCCAGAAAAGAACCAUAACUACCGACCCAAGUUCGAUACGAGCUAUGCCUCCAUCCUGCGCUCCUCCCCAGAUAUUUUUUUUGUUUUUUUGUUUUGCUUUUUUCUUUUUCCUGGUUAUCUUUACUUCGUCUCAUCCAUCAGGUAAGAGCUUGUCGUUUCUGUUCGUACAACAGCACGACAA